AUGCUUGGAGAGGGCCGUGACGAGGCCGGUCGACUAUAUGUCCCCCCUUUGAUCGAAGAUGAUGAUCGGAUGCUCAAUCCCGAUGCUUCCGAAGAUUUCCCGCCACCUGAUGUUGAAUCGGGCAGCACCUUGCCCAUCUGGUUACAAGAAUCAUCCAAGUCUUUUCGAUGGGGCUGGGUUCCAUUGCCAUUAAGAAAGGCCGGACGUGCGACUGCAAAUUGGGUUAAAGGACCGGAUCCUCCCCAUAUGCUGCUGCUAAAGCCUCUAUUUCCCCGCUUGCAGGAGCUGCCCGUUCAGUAUCUCGAGCGCUUCUUUCCCAAGCGCAAGCACAAAUUAUUCCUACUUUUUCUGAUAUACCUAUCUUGGUUCUUGCCAUGGUUUUUGGUUCUUCUGGACUCACGUUCUUCUGGUUAUAUUGAGGGAUAUGGGCAGCUCCAGACACUCUCAUGCGGUACCACUUUAUGGAGGUCCGACAAUGGUUGCGGCCUUAACGGUAACGAUUGCCGACCCUUUUCAGAGUCGACCAUCGCCUUUCGCUGCCCCGCAAAUUGUGGCGAUUUAAAAUUGUUAGAGCCCCAUGUUGUGGGCAACCAUUCUUUUAACUACCAAAGUCUUGUGAUUGGAGGCCCGCCACCGCACUCAUCUGCCCCUGCAGUAUACCGUGCCGACAGCUUUGUGUGUCAAGCGGCGAUGCACUCCGGUGUCAUUUCUAAUGACGGCGGUUGUGGCGUUGUGAAACUCGAAGGUGCUGCGCACUCAUUCCCGUCCGUGAAACAAAACGGGAUUAAGUCAGAAUCUUUCCCAUCGACCUUCCCAAAGUCAUUUAGCUUUCUUCAGCUACCUUCCUCGCAAGCCCAUUGCCCGGCUGACCCCCGCUGGACCCUUCUUGGGGUCACGGCGGCUGCGAUCGGAGUGCUUUGGCUUUUCUGCACAUCGCCGCCAGUACUAUUCUUCAGCACGUUUUUCAUCGUGUUUUCUCAUACCGGUCUUGUUGGCGAUCCGCCUUCCUAUCCAGGUCUUGCUGAUCUUGUCUCCACUCUUUUGUCUCGACUACUCCCGGCAUCAUUUGUCGUUUUUGUUCUAUACAAGUUCUGUGCCGCCCCUCUUCUCCAACCAAUCACUUCGCCUAUUUAUCAACUUGAAAAGCUCAUUCUGUACCUCCCGCCGCUUUUUAUCGGCGCCCUGAACAACUAUACCUUCGCGCGAUUGAUUCCCCUCCAGCGACUCACACCAAUGGAUAUACAGCAACAACCCGGUGCAAAAUUGGCACUAGCCUUGGUCAUUCCAACCGUACUUACAAUCAUCCUUACCCAAGCGUGGCAAAUUCGCCAAGGUGGUUUACUGCCGCGUUACCUGAAGAUCUACUGCAGCAUGGGUUUGAUCAUCCUCAUUCUCUUACCACUUCCCGGCCUGCGACUCCGGAUUCAUCAUUAUAUUCUGGCUAUGUUACUGUUACCUGGGACUGCCUUCCCCACAAGGCCAUCGUUGGUUUAUCAGGGUUUGCUCCUUGGUCUUUUUAUCAAUGGCAUUGCUCGGUGGGGGUUCGCUUCUAUCAUUGAGACACCUGCCGCUCUAGGGGAACUAGCUCCAGGUCGCGCUGGAGGUAAUGCUUGGUGGGGCUCAACAUAUCCCAAUAUCACUGAUGCAUCCGUAAAGAUUUUCUUACCGGGUACGGGAUCCAAUGAGACCUAUCCUGGCAAUGGCAAUAUCACAUUUUCUUUGUGGGAACCCGAACGAAUGGAAGGCCUUGGUGUGGAUGGGAUUUCGGUUUUGCUCAAUGAUGUAGAGCGUUUCCGAGGUUAUCUGGAUGAAGACAAGAGCGGAGAAUUCACUUGGCAUCGCCACGGUCAUGAUGGGUUGGAAUUGCAACAGCCGCCCGUAUUCGUGCGCCGAAGCCUUGAUGCAUCUGAUUUCGAAACCCAGUCUGUCCUUAUUACAGGGAGCGAUCCAUCUGACAAGCCUGACGAUUUGUUCUUCCGGUUUGCAUUCCUCCGGGGCGCCUCGGCUGGCAAUUACGGACCCACCGGAGUUUGGCAAAGUGACGGGUCUUGGAGUUCCCCAGCUUCCCCUAAGGCCUAA